GUUUGGAAUUUCGCGUCUAUUUUUGCAAUUUUGUAAAAUUAUUAUACGAAUUAUAUAUCUUUUAGCUAGUGUAACGUAAGAUUUGAAAAAGUAACCAUGCGAUUACCUUUCUCUCGUGAUUUCACCGAACAUACCUGUGUAUAUAGUAUGACAGAUGACAGUCCUUUCCUGUGAGACAACUUCUUCGCAACUUUUUUGGAGCAAUCGCGAUCUCUUCUCUUCCUCCUGAUAUCGACAGGACUGAGUAAACUCGUCGAAAUCAUGGAUUUGUUGGGCUCCAUUCUGAAAUCUAUGGACAAACCGCCGUCAGUGAACGAAAAGCAGAAGGCGCUCAUGAAAAAACAGCAAGAGGAAUAUCAGAAACGUCAGAGGGCCGAGGCGGAAAAGUUGAAAGUCUUUCGACAAAAGGUCGAGGAAGAAAUUAACAAGUUUCUACAGGAUGACAAUGUGAAAGAGCACAAAUUUUCUUCCAUGGAUCAGAUACACAGGAGUAUUGUUCACGAUGUAGCAGAAGUGGCAAGUGUUUUGGCAUAUUCUUUUGGCGAGGAAGGUGUCGAUCGGUAUAUUAUGAUCUUUAAGAGGGAAUACGCACCUUCAGAGGAUCAAUUGAACACAUUGCGUAAGGGUGAAGAGUGGAACGAGAAAGUUGCAGAAAGAUUAAAGAAAGAAAGGGAGAAUAAAGCCAAGGAAGAAGCAGAGUAUACAAAAUCCAGAAAACGAAAGGAGAAUUUUGUACCCAACAGCUAUUAUAAAGAUAAAUAUCAACAUCUGAUUGGCAAGGAAGCUGCUCUGGAAGCUGCUAGGAAAACAGAAGCCAACAGUAGCUAUGGAUGUGUUCCUAGUGAAAACAAAAAGGACCAAAGAAGUAUAGAACAAACUCUCGCUGACAUACGUGCUAAGAAGAGGAAAAUGGAAACGAAUAAUGAAACUAGCAGUUGCAGCGACAACAGUACAAAAUAGUGCUAUUAUAUAAAUAAUUAUUAUUACAUUAUAUGCAUCCCUAGAGAAGUCGUACACGGCAAUCUAAUUUAUUAAAUUUCCGAGUUUACUCUUGUUCGUUCUUACAAGUCAUAAGCAUCUUACAAGUUCUAUGAUGGCAUUACAAUUAAUAUGUAUCUGCGUUAGAAGUGAAGCAACAAAUCACUUCUACUUUAUCUCAUUAUGAUACGUAUAUUUCUAUAUUACAUCGAAGAAACUCGAUCUCAUAUGUACAAUAUAAUACAUUAUCCUGCAUAUUACUUAUA